AUGGGGGGGUGGGAGAAGGGCGCGCCGGGAUUGAGACCGAAGGGGUGGAGAGAUGUGGGCUUGAUGGUCAGUCAGGGGAGCCAGGCGGAGUUGGGGACGCAGGAGAGGGAGAAGCGGAAGAGGAAGAGGGAGGACCCGGAGUCUUUGCUCGACGAACCGGAAGAACCCACGACGCCGGAGAAAGAGAAGGAGAGAGGUAUCUUCACCGGCCUCUGCAUCUACAUCAACGGCUCCACCGCCCCUGCGAUCGGCGACCACAAACUCAAGCACCUCCUCGCCGAACACGGGGCCCAUAUCUCAAUCGCCCUCGGCCGGCGUAGCGUCACGCACGUUAUAGUGGGCAAGCCGAACGACGGCAGAGGGGGAGGUGCAGGAGGUGGAUUGUCUGGGAGUAAGAUCCAAAAGGAGAUACAGAGGGUAAGAGGGAAGGGGGUGAAGUUUGUAGGCGUGGAGUGGGUGACGGAGAGUGUGAAGGCUGGGAAGAGGCUGGCGGAGGCGAGGUUUCAGGGGGUAAGUAUCGCGCCGCGGGGGGUGGGGAGUGUUUAUGGGCUGUUCAAGAAGAAGGAGGAGGAAGAUGCUGAGAAUGCAGAUACUGAGAACGAGGGAACGAAGACAGAGGUCGGUGAUGAGGGUAAGGAAAAGGGCGGAUGA